GUGAAAUCGUGCGAUGUUUGCACGUAAAAUCAUGUGAAAAACAUGAAAAGAAAGUGUGAAUUUGCUGAGGAGACCUGCAAAAGAAGAAAAACAAUGGUUUCACAUGACGAAGGAAGUACAGUAUGCAUCGUAUUGGAUUGUAUGCCUAAUUCGCAGCAGAAGCGUCAAUCGAUGAUUGUACGUCCCUCCUAUCGAGUAGUUGACUUUUUGGAAGAUAUCAAGCGGCAAUAUCAGUACGACGCGUUCGUGUUGAAACUAAAAGUGACGAAAAACGCCGAGCCCAUUGUCUUGAACAACCACAAAGGCAAGACCUUGCAAGAAGUUGGUCUAAAAUUCACGCAAACAGAUCGCAAUAUCCUCAUUAUCGACAAACCGGGCAGCGAAAAUAGUGAUUCGGAAGUCAGUAUCGCGGUGAAGAAGAAGAAGAAACCGGAAGCCAUGAAUUUGACGAGUGUAAAUGGCGUCAAUGGCGACGAGAAAACCGAAGAAGUGAAAACAAAGGAAAAAAGUGUCACAAGUUCGCCCGAAGAAAAUAACGAGGAAGUCCCUUUCGACUUCGAUCCGAAUUGGCCUGCUUUACCAUUGUUUGAUGCGCCGUCGUCGAACAACAGCAACGAUACGGAAGAGAAAAAGGAUGGAAUUGUCAGUCAAUUCAGAAAAAUGAAGUCUUUGGAUCGCCCUCAUUUCGUUGGAUUAGUGAAUCAAGCGAUGACUUGUUAUUUGAACAGUUUGUUACAAGCGCUCUUCAUGACGCCCGAAUUUCGUAACGCUUUGUACAAUUGGGAGUUUGACGGCACAGGCGAAUCAAAAUCGAUUCCCUUCCAAUUGCAAAAAUUGUUCCUAAAUUUACAAACAUCCACAAAAUCUGCCGUUGAAACUACCGAUUUGACGCGCAGCUUUGGAUGGGAUUCGACUGAAGCAUGGCAACAACACGACAUUCAAGAGUUGUGUCGCGUAAUGUUCGAUGCGCUCGAACAAAAGUUCAAAAAUACGAAACAAGCGGAUCUGAUAAAUCAACUGUACGAGGGAAAAAUGACGGAUUAUGUCAAAUGUUUGGAAUGUAGCACAGAAAAAUCACGAGAAGAUACCUUUUUGGAUAUUCCGUUGCCUGUGAAGCCGUUCGGGAGUUCAAUUGCCUACAAUAGUGUCGAAGAAGCGUUGCGAGCUUUCGUGCAACCUGAAACGUUAGAUGGCAAUAAUCAGUAUCAUUGCGAGACGUGCAACAAAAAGUGUGAUGCGCAUAAGGGACUUAAAUUCACGAAAUUUCCUUAUAUCUUGACGUUGCAUUUAAAACGAUUCGACUUUGAUUACCAAACGAUGCAUCGUAUCAAGUUGAAUGACAAAGUCACGUUCCCGCAAACUCUCAAUUUGAACGGAUUUGUCAAUCAAACGGAUAUCUGUUCGCAGCCAAUUGCGAGCGAUAAUAUGUCCAUUGGGCACGAAAGUGUCGAAAGUGCGAUGAAAUGUGAUGAUUGCAGUACAACGGAUAGCGGAAGUGCAUUAGAUGACGACGGAACAAUGAGUGCGGGACAAUCGACGACAGCUGCGGGUCAAGAUCCCGCCGAUUUGCAAGAAGACGAUGAAGGAAUUGACAUGAAUGGCGAUGGUAAAAGCACAUCAAGUACUCCCAACGAAAGCGGACCAUAUUUGUACGAACUAUUUUCGAUUAUGAUCCAUUCGGGAAGUGCUUCGGGAGGACAUUAUUAUGCGUAUAUCAAAGAUUUCGAAUCCGGGCAAUGGUUUUCGUUCAACGAUCAAACAGUGUCGCCCAUCACACAAGAAGAUAUCCAAAAAUCCUUCGGAGGCGCCGGAUACAAAGCUUUUUUGAGCGCUUAUAGUUCAAGCACGAAUGCCUACAUGUUGAUGUAUCGUCAAAUCGAUCCGCCGCGCAAUGCCAAAUUUAUCAAAGAAUCCGAAUUUGGCGAGCACAUCAAAACUCUCAAAAUGACCCUGAAGGAAAAAGAGGAAAACGAUAGAUCAUAUUCACGCAGUUUUACGCAAUCUUCUUCCGUUCUCGGAGAUUUGUUGAAAAUCAAAAUAUUUUUCUACCAUCCGAAACAACAAAAACUCGUCGAUGGCAACAUUUACAUCUCGCAGGAAUCAACUCUCGAAGAUGCUCUUGAAGAAGCUCAUCGAAAACAUGGAAAAUCUUUCGGAACAAUUGACUUGUUUAGACUCGUUGCGUACGAAAGUGUCACGGAAACUAUCGAUCGAAGCUUUGAAGGACGAGAAAAGGAUACAAUCAAUGAUAUAAUGACCUCACUGAAAGGCAAUAACAAUGAACUUUUAUUGGAAAUGCGAAAACCAGAUGAAGAAUUUGAUGUUUACUUACCCGGAGGAAUUAUCACAAAAGUUUAUUCGGUAGAUUUACAAACUGCCGAUAUUGAUGGUCCCGUUCAAAUUCGCGGUUUAUUGAAUGGAACAGUAAUGGAUUACAAGAAGGCGAUUGCCAAAAAGUUGCACAUGAAUGCCGCGUCGUUAGUUGUUGCCAAAAUCAAUGCUACGGGCGGGAUUCAAACAUCUGGAAACGAAUUCAAUUGCAGUAUUGCCAAGGUAUUGGAUGACGAUAACGUGACUUUGAACGAGGAGCAACUUCAUUUGUCUCACAAGAUUUUUGUCGCUCAAACGAAUGCCGUCGGAGAAGAUGCGAAUCAACGUAUGAAAAAAAUUGUUGAACGUUUCGAGCACAUUAUCACGAUAUACUUUAUUCUUCCGAAUACGGACAAGGAGAAUUUGGAUAAACUUCAGAUUCCCGUGUACAAUCCCACGCAAACACCAACGAUCGAGAACAACAACGACUUUUUGAGUUCGAACAGCUUAAAAACGCCAACUGCUUGCAAAACAGCGCCCUCCUUCGAUACCGUAGAUGCCAUGUGUUACGUUAAUCCAUCGCCUGUGCCGACACACGUCAAUAACGCGAAUGCACAACAUCCGCCAACGAGCAGCAACGAGUUGACGGCAUCCGGAGAUUAUCGUCGAAUUUCGCCUCUUCCAUCGCUCGAACCCACAGAAUGCAAUAGCGAAGAUAGCAGUUUAAGCGAUAGCGAUCGUACUCUUGUCGAUGCGGCACAAGACGAUUUAAGUCACAUUUCGAGCACGAGCAAUUCGCCUGCUUGCAGUGAUCCGCACUUAUCUAGUCCCGAUGACUAUUGUAAUAACAGUGAUACAGAUGUCGAUAUGAACUCGUCUGCGGCGCAACUCGAGAUGCAAAUUGAACGCGGCAAGGCAAGUUACUUCCGUGCAACGCCUUUCGAGGAAAUCGACACAGACAGUGAGUUUGAGACGACACGAAAGAUGCUGAAAGCACUCGUAGAUCGAUCGAUGACAAUUGGCGCCUUGAAAUAUCACUUGCAACCAUAUCUCGGAGUGCCUCAUACGCAUUUUAAGGUACUUUUGACGAAUUCACGAGAGCAGGAAAUCACUAAAUUAAACGAUACGUUGUCGUCUUUCAAAGAUGGAGAACGAUUAAAAAUUGAACUUGGCAGAGCACUUCAAAAAGGAGAAUACAAAUGCAAAAUUCUGUAUCUCAAUCUGAAAGAGAUUGAUGACGACACGGAAAAACUUCCCCUCAUCUGUGAAUGGAUUCUGCGAGAAGAUACGGAAGUUGGUCCCGUGUUCAACGAAAUGUUGGCUUACAUCAACAAAAUUGAUCCUAAAUACGCGCAUUUAAACACAAGCAAUUGCUGGUUGCGCAAAAAAAGUUGUAAAUGUCCAUCGAAAGUGUUACUUCCAGAUCAAAAGUUUGGCGAAGACAUGUUAUUGUUACCCUGCGGAAAUGAAGUCAUAAUCGAAGAAAUCUUCGAAGGAUAUCCCAAAUUUGAAGAUCCUGAUGACACAAUUAUUUUUGCACGACGAUGGAACCCAUCAACACGUACUUUAGGCGAAUUUCAAGAGGUUGUGAUUCCACGAGAAAAUGGAGAAUUGUUUAAUGUUUUAUCCACACUCUCGGGAAUUCCUGAAGAAAAUCUUGAAUAUACAAAAAUUACAAACUCAUUUCCUCGCUGUAAUGUUUCUUUAAUGAGCAUUCCUUCACUGGUUUGGUAUUCGUCGACGCCUUCAUCUUACGAUCGAUCGACAAUGAACGAUGGAACUUUGGUUUUCUAUCAGGAUAAAACUGAACCUCUUAAAGAACUGACAAACGAAGAACGCGAACAAAUGAUGAACAAAACAGUCAACGACUUGAACACGUCGUCUCGCUACACGUCGUCCUACUCGCCGAAGAAGGAACGUGCUCUCAAAAUUCAGAUAGACUGGUCUCCGAAGAAAAGAGAUGACUAAUGCUUGAACUUCUUCUGUUUUCUUCUUCAUUAAUUAUUAUAAUUAUUACCUAUAUUUAGUGAAAACCACCCGUUUUUUUAUUUGACGAAAUAUUUUGUUAUUUUUAUUAAUUAUUCUCCUUUUUUUGAAUUGAAGUAGGAUAUAAAAAAAAAUGUUCUGUAAAAUGAUGAUAACCUUUCUUUAAAAACAUACAAAUCAAAUAAAAAAAAGUUAGA